AUAAACGUGCGCGAUUAAACCACGACAACUUGUGCAGUAAUCGUCAACGAGAACGUCCGAUCGGGUCUAUAAUAUCAAAUAUAAAUAUAUUAUCUACGUGACACCACAACCAGCCGCAAAAAUGAAAACCUCAAUUGCUAUUCUUUUGACUAUUCUCUCGGUGGCUGCUGCUUCUCCACUGUUCUUCGGUCAUCCAAAACACGAACACCACAUUAUCCACGUACCAUACCAUGUACACAAGGUUCCUGUUUACAUCAAAGAACCCGUAUACGUUGAGAAGCCUGUCUACAUUUACAAGACCAUUGAUCAUCACGAUCAUCACUACCACCACGAUGACCACAGUUAUGACCACUAUAGCCACGAUGAUCAUUAUGGCAGCCAUUAUUAAUUACAAGACUAAUAAUAUCGACUUUUUAAAUUUAUAGAUGUUUAAAACUUCAAGACCAAUUAAUUUUUGUAAUAUAAUUAUAAUAAGUCAUGAACCAUAAACUUAAAGCUCUUUUUUUACCAUGUAAAAUAA